AUAAAAGCUCUGGGCACCGCAGGAUGGGCCAGGGGAGAGCUCCUAGCUGCACCAGACACAUCGAGACCACUCCAGGAAGGCCCGAGCCAGACUGCCCGAGAUGAAGUUCAUCGCUGUGGCCCUGGUGUGCCUGCUGCUGGCUGGGGUGUGGCUGCAGGAUGCGGACAGCAAAAGCAUGCACGUGUCGUCCUCCAAUUGCUGCUUUACAUUUAUGAAGAAAAAGAUUUCCCAGGAGAAAAUACGGUGUUACAGAAACACCAGCUCCACCUGCCCCUACGGUGAUCGUCUCAUACUCCAGCUGAGGGGAGGCAGACAGAGCUGUGCCUUGAAGACAGACCGAUGGGUUCAGGAGUAUUUAAAAAGCAUGAAAACCUGCCUGCUAUAGGAAGUAUGAGCGGCCUCCUUUCCAUCCUGGACUCAGAGACCACGUGGCUUCCCCCGUCCUCCCAUCCCCAGCCCUACACGGGUCCCUCUGCCCCACCUUUGUCGGGUCAUGGAGAGUCUGCUGGGUCCUGAUAAGCUAUGUUGUUGCACUUUACAUAUUUAAAUUCUAGAAUCUUCAACUCCUGCCCCUCGGUGCCUCUUGGACCCCACAGGGAUUGCAGGGCACAAAUUUGAUUAGA